AUGAGAGGCGGUCUAUUCAUUGGCCUUCUGGGCCUCGUACCCUCCGUCACCGCAUAUGCAGCAGGGUUCGAGCUGGUGUACUCAUUGGACCUAGCAACACAAGGCAUCAGCAUCAGCAAAAACGGACGCAAUUUCCUGUCCCAGCGCUAUUCCACCACUCUCCCACCUCAAAUCGUUGAGCUUCUAAGCGAUAACACUACCACUCUGUACCCGGACGCCGCAUGGAACUCCUACAACUCUAGCGAUCCGACCUCAAACCCCCGCAAGACCUUCGUCAGCGUUGAUGGAGCUCGCAUCGGUCCCGACGGUCGCUACUGGGUAGUCGACGGUGGCUCAACAGGUGUCAAUGGAUCCACCAAGAUAGUAGGCGUGAACCUGACAAUAAACGCCGUCGACAAAAUCUACUAUCUGGACAACGUCAAAGCAAGCGACAGCGGCGUGGAUGACGUCCGAUUCAGCGCAUCCGGAAAAAUUGGAUACCUGAGCGACACAGCAGGCGCACUGAUUGUCCUCAACCUCACAUCAGGACACGCAGUUCGUGUCCUCGCUAGCUCGGACACUGCCACGGCCUGGUUCCCUAUGAUGUACAACGGCACCCUGGUACCUGGCUACGGUGGCGCUGACAGUACACUUGCGGUUGGGCUCGACCAAAUUGAAGUCUCGCCUGAUGGUACCUACUUGUAUUACCAGCCCUGCAAUGGUGGAAUGUACCGCAUCAAGACUGCCUAUGUUGACGCGACAUUGACAAACGCUACUAUGGCGGAGGUGCUUGGCGACUAUGCUGAGCCGUUUUCUUUGACGCCUAGUACUGGUGGAACGACUAUUGACGGCGAUGGGAAUAUUUAUGUUAGUGACACCAACCUUCUGGCCAUUUGGAAGUUUACUCCCGAGGGUCGUGCUACCAUUCUUGUUCAGGAUGAUGCUCUACUCUGGACGGACCUUAUGUGGGUGUCGGCAGAUAAGAAGCUCUGGCUUCCGGCUUCUCAGAUGCGUCCUGGUAGUGACGGGCUUAUGGCUGAUGGUCCUAACUACAUCUUUACUUAUCCUGCUGAUGCAGGUCCUUCUCCCAUUGACCAUGCCUAA